AUGUGUUCCGGAAAGCAUCACACUACGCUUCACCACGCUACCCUUUUCGCUAAUCCGCUGACUCCAUCAAAAUUCGCUGAUAAGUCAGCCACUAACGCGAAACCCGCCAACCAAGUCCAUACAAACACCGUGGCAACACCAGAUGGUGCACAGACCCUGAACUCAAUCCUCCUAAAAACCGCAUGUGCGAACAUAAAAUUCAAUCUAUCCUCCACUAGAACCAAUACUUUAUUUGAUGAGGGCUCAACUAAACCCUUCGUUACGUCAGAGUUGGCCGACCAGUUACAACUUAAGCCGGAUGGGGAGAUAACCGUAAACAUCGCAACCUUUGGUUCAGAACCAACCACUCAGAAAGUAAAAUACGCUGCUGUGAACGUUGAAACAACAAGCGGAUCUCACAUUAAAGUCAAUGCAUUAAUUGUGCCGACCAUAUGCGCCCCGUUGAACAACCGCGUAACUGCAGACGUUCUCAACCUCCCGCACAUUCGUGGCCUAAGAUUAGCGCAGCCAAUCACAGUUCAGAACUCACUUAGCAUUUCAGUUUUGAUAGGCGCCGAUUUCUACUGGCAGUUCGUUGGAAACCACGUGCUAAAAGGGGAUGGCCCCACCGCUGUUUCGUCCGCUCUUGGUUACCUUUUGUCUGGACCUACGUCACGUGACACCGCAACCUUCCCAACGGAAGUGAGAAGUUUUCAAGUGAUGGUUAUAUCACCAACGCUCGAAUCCGCAAACACUGAUCCUUUAACCAAAUUAUGGGAUCUAGAAAGCAUUGGCAUUAGGCCUAGUGAACAAACUUGUGAAGCUUCCGAUGACUUUGAAACAUUUUGCGCUGAGAACAUUGAAAAACGUGAGAAACAGUAUUUCUCCAGACUACCAUGGAAACCUGAUCACCUGCACCUACCGACCAACUUCAAUGUUGCCAACGCGCGCACUAGAAACUUGGUUAGGCACCUCCCACCUGAUACCAUCAAAAUCUAUGACCGCAUCAUAAAUGAACAGGAACAACGUGGCUUCAUUGAACGCGUAUUGAAUGAUGACAACCGAUUGGGUCAUUAUCUACCGAAUCGCUGUGUAAAGAAGGAUUCGCCUACCACGCCCAUUCGCAUAGUUUACGACUGUAGUUGUAAAUCCGCAACCACACCAAGCUUGAAUGAUUGUUUACAAAAAGGCCCAGAACUUCUCAAUGAUUUGGCAGGCAUAAUCAUGCGUUUCCGCCUUCAUCCCAUAGCACUAAGUAGUGAUAUUGAGAAGGCAUUUCGUCAUGUUGGUCUACAUGAACAAGAUAGAGAUUUCACUAAGUUCCUCUGGUUGUCUAAUCCCGAAGAACCAGAGAGUGACUUCAUCGUGUACAGGUUCUCAUCUGUCCUAUUCGGUUCAAACGCCAGUCCAGCCAUACUAAACGCGGUCAUCCGUAAACACCUAAAAGAAAAUGACUCUGAAACCGCCAGAGACAUUUCCACCAACAUUUACGUGGACAACGUAAUCAGUGGUGUUGAAAAUGAACAGAAUGCGCUAGACUAUUUCAACUCAGCAAAUCAGUUGGUAGAAUCCGGUGGUUUCCAUCUCAGAUCAUGGGCAACAAACAGCCAACUACUGAAAGAAACUGCAAAAAAUGAAGGUGUGCUUGAUGACAGUAGCAACGCAUCACUUCUUGGUCUGAAAUGGGAUACCGACUUGGAUACAAUUGGUUUCAAACCUUGUGACAGUUCAUGUACUCAAACACCAACCAAACGCGAGGUAUUGAAAUACGCAAGCUCUGUUUAUGAUCCAUUGGGCCAUAUGAGUCCCGUAACCAUAAGAUCGCGGAUCUUCAUCCAAGCGCUCUGGAAAGAAGGUUUGGAAUGGGACGAACCAUUGCCAGCAAACCUCAGUAAAACGUGGAAAUCUAUCGCUGAAGACUUGAAAUUAGCAUCUGAACAAUGCAAAAUGUCGCGACAGUACUUUCCAAACAUUGAUUCCAUCUCAGCUGAGUCUUGUGAACUCCACGCCUUCGGUGAUAGUAGCAUAAAAGCUUAUGGCGCUUGUGUUUUUCUACGCUGCGGAACAGAUACUGCCCUGGUAAUUGCAAAAACAAGAGUUGCCCCGACGAAACAACUCACACUUCCACGCUUGGAACUGAUGGCCGCCCUAUUAGCCGCGCGAUUGCUAAAAUACGUGCGCAGUCAAAUACAGUUGAAAAUUACGUCAUCCACCCUCUGGUCUGAUAGCCAGAUAGUACUGCAUUGGUUAAAAAGUACCAAAACACUGCCGAUCUUUGUUCGAAACCGUGUAACAGAGAUCAAUAGUUAUGACAUUAACCAUUUCCUGUACUGCCCUACUGCUGAUAAUCCGGCAGACAUGAUUAGCCGAGGAAUCACAACUCAGCAAUUCCUUGAAAACCAAGUGUGGUGGCAUGGGCCAGAGUGGCUCAGAACAGGUUCUUUCCCGCAGCAAAUAGCUUGCAACACCGAUCCAUUAUUGUCUAAUGACACCGCAGAGUCCGAUGACCAGGUUGGUAUCGGACAGUCUCCUGAACCGGUAAAUAUCGUCAUCACCGCAAAGCCCGAUGACCAGCUUGGUAUCGGACAAACUAUUGACAUCACCCGUUACGCGACAUUGCGCAGACUAAAUCGCAUUUCCGCAUGGGUCCUUAGGUUCGUUGACAAUCUAAAGAAAGCACCCGACCAACGAAAUCAUGAUGCCACUCUCAAUGCCAAAGAAAUUCAACGCGCAAAUAAUAAAUGGAUUCAGUUUGUCCAGCAAACCACCUACCAGCGCGAAAUACAGAAAAUGCGAAUUGAACAGAAGCAUGUACCGCCUCCACUUGUCCGACAACUCAAGUUAUUUCUUGAUAACCAGGGUUAUAUUCGUUGUGGCGGUAGGUUACAUAACGCACCACUCAGUGAGAAUGCGAAGUUUCCAAUCUUGCUGCCGCAUACGCAUACUUUCACAAAGCUGGUGAUCACUACGUAUCCUAAGUGA